AUAUGUGUGAUUUCAGACUGGUGUUAUGACGUUAAACAGGGAGGGGAGGCUGUCGCUUUAAGAAGUUGUUGCAUGGAGGAGAAGCUGGUGAUUUUCCACUCAAACUGAUAUUAAACUGUUUCCCGCGGCGUUAAAAGGAGGAAGAGCAGGCGGCUUCGGUGACGCGAGGACAGCAUGGCACAAAAAGAGAAGCUCCAAUGCUUGAAGGACUUCCACAAAGACACCCUGAAACCAUCGCCGGGGAAGAGCCCGGGGACGCGGCCCGAGGACGAGGCCGAAGGAAAAGCCCCCCAGAGGGAGAAGUGGGCCAGCAAGCUCGACUUUGUCCUGUCGGUGGCCGGAGGCUUCGUCGGACUGGGAAACGUCUGGCGGUUCCCUUACCUUUGUUAUAAAAACGGUGGAGGUGCGUUUCUCAUCCCUUACUUCAUCUUCCUGUUCGGCGGCGGCCUGCCGGUCUUCUUCCUGGAGGUGGCGCUGGGCCAGUACACCUCCGAGGGGGGGAUCACCUGCUGGGCCAAGCUGUGCCCCAUCUUCACGGGUAUCGGCUACGCCUCGGUGGUGAUCGUGUCCCUGCUGAACGUGUACUACGUGGUGAUCCUGGCCUGGGGGCUCUACUACCUGUUCCAGUGCUUCCAGCCCGAGCUCCCCUGGGCCAAGUGCAAGCAGCCCUGGAACACGGAAUUCUGUGUGGAGGACACGGUCCGCCGAAACAAGACCUUGUGGCUCGCCGCCAACAUCACCAACUUCACCUCCCCCGUCACCGAGUUCUGGGAACGCAACGUCCUGAGCAUCUCGUCCGGGAUCGAGGACAUCGGGACCCUGAAGUGGGACCUGGCCCUGUGCCUCCUGGCGGUCUGGGUCAUCUGCUUCUUCUGCAUCUGGAAGGGAGUCAAGUCCACGGGGAAAGUGGUGUACGUGACGGCCACCUUCCCCUUUGUGAUGCUGAUUGUGCUGUUGGUGCGGGGAGUGACUCUGCCCGGGGCAUCCGAAGGGAUCAAAUUCUACCUUUACCCCAACCUGACUCGCCUGCAGGACCCGGAGGUGUGGAUCGAUGCGGGGACCCAGAUUUUCUUCUCCUACGCCAUUUGCCUGGGAGCCAUGACAUCGCUGGGGAGCUACAACAAGUACAAGUACAACUGCUACAGGGACUGUUUGCUGCUGGGAGGCCUCAACAGCGGUACCAGCUUUGUGUCUGGCUUCGCAAUAUUUUCCGUCCUGGGCUUCAUGGCACAAGAACAAGGGGUGGACAUUGCCGAUGUGGCAGAGUCAGGUCCCGGUCUGGCCUUCAUCGCCUACCCCAAAGCCGUGUCCAUGAUGCCAAUGCCGACCCUGUGGGCCGUCCUCUUCUUCAUCAUGCUGCUGCUGCUGGGCCUCGACAGCCAGUUUGUUGAAGUGGAAGGACAGAUCACCUCCAUUGUGGAUCUGUACCCGGAGGUCCUCAGGAAGGGCUACCGGCGGGAGAUGUUCAUCGCGUUCAUGUGUUCCAUGAGCUAUCUCCUGGGGCUCGCCAUGGUAACCAAAGGCGGCAUGUACGUGUUUCAGCUCUUCGACUACUACGCAGCCAGUGGUGUGUGCCUUUUGUGGGUUGCAUUCUUUGAAUGCAUCGCUGUCGCCUGGGUUUAUGGAGUGGAUAACUUCUAUGAUGGCGUCGAGGAUAUGAUUGGCUACAGACCAAACGCAUGGAUGAAAUGGAGCUGGACCUGGAUCACUCCCAUCCUCUGCAUGGGCUGCUUCGUCUUCUCCCUGGUGAAGUACAAGCCCCUGACCUACAACAAGGUGUACGAGUACCCUAACUGGGCCAUCGGUAUCGGCUGGGUUUUGGCCAUGUCCUCCAUGAUCUGCAUCCCCAUGGUGAUGGUCAUCAAGAUCUUACAGUCAGAGGGACCCCUGAUCGAGAGGAUAAAAGCCGUGGCGGCGCCGGCGAAGUCGGGCGUGAGCUCCCGCCCGAAAGAGUACACGGUGAAGGGCGGCGAGGCGACGCUGCCCCUGAACCCCGACGGGAACAACGGCUCCGCCAAGCCCACGCACACCAUCGUGGAAACGACGAUGUGAGCGCUCUCUGUGAGAGGAAAACGGCUGACGUGCUUUCCGCGUCAUUAUCCUGUUCGCUCGCUCUGACAACGGAAGGUUGACAUGUUCACGUUAGAGACACUCUGCUUUGAUUUCUACGAAGAGUUAUAUAAUAUUGUUUUAAUGUUUUUUAUUUUUUUUGCUAUAUCGAUAUCGUUGAUAUUACAAUUGUUAUUGCUGUAGCUGGCACUGAUCUCAGUGAAGUAUUUUGAGAUAGAAAAUAUUCAAUGUUUACUACCAUUCUGUUGAUUCCGGAGAAGAGAUGAGGAAUUUGCUUUUUUUUGUGUGUGUAAUAGAAGAAAUUCUUAUUUCACAUAAAUGUACUAAACUAAACGAGCAAUUAACCACGUAAAAGGUAGACAACGCGCGAUUGUGGCAUCGUCGUUGCCUACGCUAACUACUAAUGUCUUGUUGUUGUUGGUCCCGCUGCAGUGAAAAUGAAUGUACGUGAGCCGCCCACGUCCCUCAGAGUAAGAAUCUCGUAAGAAAGAGGAAGUAAGGAGAAAAGGGAAGUGGCAUUUUUAGAGUAUUUGUACACAGCCUGUGUGACUACUAUAGUCCGUCCCAGUGCAUUUAUUCAAACCUCUCUUUGCACUUUAUAUGUUGUUCCAACUUUUAUUGUAGUAUUUGUUUUGAUUGUCGCGCGAUUAUGUGGAGUUGCAUUUGCAGCACGUUUCAGGAGGAAAUCUUUUUAGUUUCUAACUUUUUGACAUUGUAAACUUUGGUAUACAGUAUACAGUUGUCUACGUGCUACGGCAAUGACUAAAUAGAGUAGAAAUCUGACAUCAAAUGUUCUUAGAAGAAUCUGUGGGUAGAUCCCUUUAAACGUAAAAACAUUUUUCUGAACAUCUAUUGUGCUCAUUACAACAGCAGAUGCUCUCUGCAGAACUGCCACUGGAUUCUAGUUUCUCAUGUUCGGUUUAGGGAUUUCUAAUGUAGAAUUUGAAUUGUUUGUAAAUCACAUAUGCCUUUUUGUAACAAUUUUAUACUGUACAUCAUGUGAACACCAUCACCAUUUUACGAAAUAUCGAUUACGUUGUGAGCCAAGACUACAUUUUUCAGCGUGCAUUAUUCAUUGAAAGCAAUGAUGGCCCCCUCUGCUCACUCAAAAUGCACCAUCAAAUUUGGAAUAUCGCUCAAUAAUUCAACAACUUGCGCAGAAAAAUCUGAAGCAUGUGCAGUAGCCGCGCUGCUCUGUCUUUUCAAAUCUUGGAGAUUCAAGUGUACCAAAGUAUUUCUGUCAGUUGUCCCCUUUGAGAUGCACAUUGCAUCAUUUCUAUAUAGAUUACGAAUAAACAGUUUUUUCCUUUGGA